AUGGCUGACUCCCGUUUCGAGGGUGACAGGGAGGAGGAGUUCCGGGGAUUGCCCACUAUCCAAGAGGGGGAGCCCGUGCUGACCUUCCGGGGCCCCAAAAUGCGCCGAGGGGAGUGCGUGCUGGUAGACAGCGAGGACAGGAAGGUCCGCUACCUGAUCCGCUACCAGAGGGCGGGCCUGGGCGCCAUGGGGGAGGAGAGGGUGGCCUUCGAGGAGGCGUCGCAGCAGCACGUGGAAGAGGGGGCCCAAGAGAUGGAGAUCGAGUCCGAGGGGGAGGCAGGGCCCGGCCUGGAGGGGGGGCCCGAGAGCGAGGGCGGAGAGGGGGCUAAGGAGAGGGAGGAGGAGCCCGCGCCCGAAGCCGAGGAGGAAGGUGACGUGGAGCCCAUGAUAGAGGCGGCUCCGAGUAUCCUGGAGGCGGGGGCCAGCCGCAGCCCCAGCCCCAAGCGCCGCCGCCGCAGCAGCCCCAGCCCCAGCCAGCGCCGCAGCCCCAGCCGGAGCCGCAGCAGCACCAGCAGCACCCUCACGGGCUACGGCGGGGCUGCGGGGCCCGUCACCAGCCGCCAGUCGGGCACCCCCAGGUUCCAGCUCUCCCGGGAGCAGCUCUGCUCCAUUGUGGUCAUCGGGGGGUGGGAGUACGAGUGGGUCCCCGAGAACCGCCUGCUGCGCUAUUCCGCUGUCCAAGUGCAGCUGGACAGCGAUGCCGCCCUCCAGAUGGCUGCCAAGAGAGAGCAGCAGGAAGACUGCCCCGUCACCUCCACGGGGGGCAGCACCUCCCGCCCCGCCACUGUCACCGGGCCCCCAGCUUUCGGGCCUCCGCCUAGUAAGAGGGGCCGUCGGGGGAGGGGUUGGGGCAGAGGGAGAUUGCGCUCCCUCCGGCGCCGGUCCCAGGGAGGGAGAGGAGCUGGGGGGGAUUCCCGGCGGGUGGUUCACGUCAACCUGCCCAAGGCCCUGAAGCCCCUGCUGGUGCAGGAUUGGGAGUUGGUAAUCUUUGGGAAAAAGCUUUUCACCCUGCCCGCUCGGAAGACCGUAGAUGCCAUCCUGACCGAGUAUGCCUCCUUCCAAGAAAGCCUGGCCACCCCCGCCAGGAAGAAUGCGGUCAAUGAGCUGAUGGCUAUGAUCAAAGAAUACUUUGAUAUGGUGCUGGGGACCCAGCUCCUCUACAAUUUCGAAAGACCCCAAUACACUGAGAUCCUGGUUAGCCAGCCCACUGCCCAGAUGUCCCAGAUCUAUGGGGGGGCCCACCUGCUGCGCCUCUUCCCGCAGAUGGCCUCCCUGCUGUCCCUCUCCCUUCUCGGGGAGAACAGCCUCGGGGUGCUGUUGACCCACCUGCAGGAUUUCCUAGAAUAUCUGGCCAGCAAUCCCUCCCUGUUGUUCAUUGAUCCCACCGAUUACCAGGUGGCCACUGAGGAGUACCAGCAAUUAGCUGGGUAA